GACUGGACUGUGUUGACAGCAUUGUAUUUUUUCGAGGAGAAUGCUGCCUUUCUAUUCGCGAUUAUACGGUUAAACUAAGUUACAGCAACAGCAGAGGCGGCUCUGAACUCCCAAAUAAAAAAAAAGUUACAGAGAUCAUUGUUCGCUACUGCGUUGGAUUAGGGAGAACGUUCAGUUCAGUGAGUAACCCGGAAGGUUAUAGGGAACGAUUACAUAUUGUGGUCCGGUUAAGAGUUACAAUCACGAUUUGCAACGAUGCAUUUUGUAAAAUAAUUACUAUUCUGAUCUACGACAAUGCUGGAUAUUACUAGUGAAACAAAUUGUAGAUAUGCGUUGACCUGGUGAGGUGAACAAGACGGGUCGGAUGAGCACUUUCGUGCUACUCAUCACUAUCGCGUUCAUUAAAUUUCAUCUUCGGCACCGGAAUUCCAGAAAGAAAAGCCAAGUGAGACACGUUUAUAUCUACUGCUACCUCCACCUUAGCUUGGACUGCCUAUUGAACAAUGAGGCUUGGAUCUCACUCUUUCUUCUGUGUUGCCUGAGUGCUUUCAUGCCUAAAGCAGUUGCUGAAGCAGGUCCAAUGUGGUUAGGGGAAAUGAUACAAAUAUUGAAUAAGAACAAUUUAAGCACAUUUGUUAAUUCUGAAACUACUUUGUACACUCCAGAAAUUCCUGGAAAUGAACUCUGUUACAAUGCCUCGCUGAAUUGCUUUUUUUUGGAGAUGCACGUUUAUUUUUUUGAACAUGAAGAAGACAUUUCACUUUCAAUUCUGGAAGAUUAUAUAACAGAAAUUAAACCAGUGGUUCAUGCAGGCUGCAAAGAGUGUGAAGAAUUUACAGAAAGUAAUUGUGAAACUUUUCUUAAUAAAUUCCUGGUAUUUCUGGAAUUUCUGAAAUAUAAGUCAUUUUGAGCAACCUCAAUUGAUAAAAUGUUGUAUAAAAUGUGAAACCAAAGAUGUUUUUUUAUUGUACAUAGCCUUGUAAAUGCUUUAAUAGCCUUGUAAAUGCUUUGAUACACACUUAUAAACACUCUCUCUACAUGAUAUACAAACAAGAUAUGAAUUAUCUGUGUUACCUUUUAACACCUUUUUGUAUUUGUGCAGACCAGUGGCGUAGCUAGGGGGGUCGUUUUAGGGGGCAAUGCACCCCCCCCCCCCAACCCCCAACUCCCAACCCCCCCCCCCCCGAAAUGAAUUAUUCAACUACGUGGGACAAUAAAAAAUAUCAGCCAUGUGCAAAAAUUGUCAAUCCAUCACCAGCAACCCCCACCCCAUGCAAAACGAAAUCCUGGCGAUCAUUCACUAGAACCACCCCCACCCCCACCCCCUGGGAUGAAAUCCUUGCUACGCCAAUGUUAUUAACCAUCAUAAAAAUAAAAAAAACACCGCAAAAUACAAUCCUGGUUACGCCAUUAGUGCUCGCGGUGCAAAUACAGUUUAUCGUGAACAAUAGUGCAACGAUGUCCGGGUAAGUGCUGGCCCUUGGUGACAGCGCCGGAUCGUGUUCAGACGUCUAAUAAUAACAAACAAUGAUUCUUUAGACACGACAGAACAAAACAAACAAAACACUCGAUUAUAAUACACAGUCUCCUUCCGGUUCAGCUCUAAUCAUACAAAGGAACAGAUCACUUAGCUACGCCCACUUUUGUAUGACCCCUUGGUUAACUAGUGCAACCGCUCCUCCAAUCCGCGGCUGCCACGUCGUUUCCCUUCCGGGUCGAUGAUUUAGUGUAUCGUAGCUCCGACCCCUUUCCAGAUUACCGACUUCCUUUUAACCCUGGGAAUGAUUUGUCUGGCCAUCCAGUCCAGGGCACGCUGUUCCCUUCACACAGCGCCCUCACAGGUCGGAAGAGAGAUUUAUCACCAAGAAUCAUUCUGUCUCUGUCACAAUAAUAAAACUGAUGAUGCUACUAAACUUUGACUC